CCCUUCCCCAGUUUAUAUACCCCUCAAUCCCUCCUUCUUCCACAGGAAGCACCGGCCUCAAAAACAGAGCACGGAAACAGAGAGGAUGACCUCUGUUUGCAUCUCUAACUGCGUCAACGACGCACGAGACCCACGUGUUCCGGUGAGAGCCACGUAUGUGAACCUCUACAAGUGGCCGGAAUCGGACGCCGAGUUCGUGAGGUCUGUGAGCCACAACCGACGGAGAGGAUCGCAGGUGUAUGGACACCCCAGGGUGGUGGAUAGUAUCUCCUGCAGGCAGAUGUAUCUGAGAAGCUACAAAUUUUCCCGGAAAGAGAGCAUGCCGGAGAAAACCCAGAAGUGCUUCGGGAGGGUGAAGGAGAAAGUGGGUCAGGGGAAGAAGAAUAAGCCCGCUUCGUCCAGGAAAAGGAAGUGUUUGGUUUGGAGGAAAGUGAAGGAAAUCUCAUGCUCUGCUCUGUUUCGGAUUUUCCACAGGUUCUUGUCUUGUGCUGCUAGCGUAGAUGUCGUCGAUGAAAAGGAUUGACUUUGCUUAAUUUAAGGUUGCAACUCGUAAUUUUGCUUGUUUGUUUUCUUCUAUUUAUGAUCAAUCGAGAGAGUAUAAUUAUAUUAUAUAUUUGUUUAUGAAUGCGUGGAUGUAAGAAAAUGCACAGUAGGAAUGUUAAAGACAAGCACGAGCCUCUUCCUUCCCCAAUGUAUAUUUAUUAAAUUUUGACGUUUUGUAUCAAGCAAAUAUGGCCUGUCUUCUUCUUUCUUCCCAUUCAUUUCGCAAUCAAGAAUCGUUGGCAUAUAAAUUCAACUGU